UCUUGGUCGGUUCUGCUCACCUCUCCCCCCAACAGUACACCCCACAACAGCUCGCUCCGCAUGGUCUAAUGUACGCCAAUGUACGCUCGACGCCCUCGCCGCAUCCCCAAGCGUAUCACACACCUGGGGAAUAUGGUUCCCAGCCUUCGGUUAUGGUCCCCGCUGGGACAGUGUACGGCCCCCCUGGCAUGGGUCAUCAUCCACAGAUGCACCAGUUCCAUCACGGUGGCCGAGGUGGCCGACGGGGUCAUGUCGCACCAGACCACCGCGUUGCCAUCCGUAGCCCGCUUUUGGAUGAGUUCCGAGCGAACAAGAGUCGCAAGUGGGAGCUCAAGGACAUUUACGGCUACAUCGUUGAGUUCAGUGGCGAUCAGCACGGAUCACGGUUCAUCCAGCAGAAGGUUGAAACAGCGAGCGGCGAAGAGAAACAAAGAAUCUUCGACGAGAUUGUGCCGCUACAUGCGUUGCAGCUUAUUCAAGACGUCUUCGGCAACUAUGUCGUUCAGAAGCUGUUUGAGCAUGGUACACAGACUCAGCGGACACUGUUGGCGAAGACCAUGGAGGGCCACGUCCUGCCUCUGUCGUUACAGAUGUACGGCUGUCGUGUUGUCCAGAAGGCAGUGGAGUAUGUUACGCCGGACCAGCAGAGUACCUUCGUGCAGGAACUCGAGGGUCAGGUUUUGCGCUGUGUGAGGGACGCCAACGGUAACCAUGUCAUCCAAAAGCUGAUCGAGCUUGUGUCUCCUGAGCGCCUGACCUUCGUCAGCGCGUUUAGAGGCUUCGUGUAUGAGCUCGCGACCCAUCCGUACGGCUGCCGCGUUCUUCAGAGAUGCUUCGAGCACCUUCAGGAUGACCAUAUUCGCCCGUUGAUGGACGAACUGCAUAAGCACGUCACGCAGCUGAUGCAGGAUCAGUUCGGGAACUACGUCGUUCAAUUUGUGCUUGAGCACGGGAAGCCGCAGGAUCGCGCGGUCGUGGUUUCCAAGCUUCGGGGACAGAUGCUACAUAUGGCUCGGCACAAGUUCGCCUCCAACGUGUGCGAGAAGGUUCUUGUCACAGCGGACUCUGAGAGCCGGAGGCUGUUGAUCGACGAGCUGAUGGCACCGCGUCCGGAUGGACUGAGUCCUGUACUGGCGAUGAUGAAAGACCAGUAUGCCAAUUAUGUCCUCCAGCGAGCUCUGACUGUCGUCGAAGGCGAACAAAAGGAGGCCCUGAUUGCCAAUAUCAGGCCACAGCUCAUGAACAUGAGGAGAUAUUCGAGCACCUUCAGUAAGCAUCUAACGUCUAGUGAGUUCGGAGUACUCACCACUGAAUGACCUUGUGCUUACUUGCAACUAGUCGAGCGCCUCCUUGAGAAGUGUGCUUCUGACAAUGUAGGAGACAGUACACCGAAGGAAGAGUCUUUCAAAGACGCUCAAGCCACCGCGAUACCUUCAUCCAGCAAGUAAUUAUCGUACAUGGGACUAUAGUCACUGGAUCGGAAGCCGUCACAUAUUCUGGUAUAAUCGCUUGCAUGAUUGAUACCCUACAUAUCCUUUUAGCACUCUCUCUCGUACUGCUCCAGACGCCGACAUAAUCGCAUCCUCUCUUUCAUCCGUGCAUAUUUAGACUGACAUAGCUCUACAUCGCUCCUCGCCGUUGCUAUAUCGUAUAUCGCGCAUCUUUUAGUACCUACUCCCGCAGACUAGUAUUUCUCUCGUCUUCGGACACAUUCGUUACCCGGGUGCUACAUACUAUGUAUAUUCGCGCAGUUGUUCUCUGCUAAUGGUGGAAUAAAGCAAAUUAUAAUACCGCA